CUCUUCUCUCUCUCUCUUCUCUCUCUCUCUUCUCUCUCUCUCUUCUCUCAGAGCAACUUUCUCUCUCUAAAGGGCACUCACAUUCGUUCUUUGCUUCACCCUUUUUUUAUUUCACGAGAUCCCCUCCUCCCUCCUCUCUCUCUUUCCCCUUCGAUGCCUUUUCGCAGAGUCUCGAAUCCUCUCUUCUCCACUACUCUUCUCCCCCACCGUCUUCUUCUCCAUUAACGACCAUUGCCCACCGGAGUCCAACCCUAAACCCGAUUAGGGUUUUCUUGAAUUCUCACAAAUUUGGUUCCUUUGGAGAAGCUAAAAAUGCCCAAGUCAGUUAAACCCAUUCCUGAAUCUGAGAAGCUCGCCGAUCGUCUCCGUGAUUCAUCACUAUCCUCCGAGAUCAACAAACCUGACUUCCGUGAAUUAGAUCUCGGUUCACCGGUUUCUCCGCUUCGUUCUCAGCCACGUGGACUCACCACUACCACUACUAGUAGUAGCAGUUCUAGCUCCUCCGGAUCUGUUACGGGUCGGGUUAGGAAUGGUCCGGUUCUUAUCGGGAGAUCUAAUUCGGUUCGUAGUCAAUCUGGUUCGUCCAGUGGGAAUACUCUAAGACCGACUCAGUCUAGAUCCGACUCAGCUACUUCUUCUUCUUCGCAUUCUCAGCCACUCGUUUCCUCUGCUACUUCUCCUGCUACUACUUCCCCGGCGGCGAAUGUACUUCCCACCGGAAACAUUUGCCCUUCCGGGAAGAUCCAAAUCACUGGAAUGACCCAAAGCCGUUCGAGAAGCGAUGUUCUUGGAUCUGGUACUGGAACUUAUGGACAUGGAAGCAUAAUGCGAGGCGGAGGAAGCAGUAUAUCUCCGGCGAAACCUGCCUCUAUUGGCGGAGGAUCUCCUACAACUUCGCCGGUUAUUGUCGGUAGCUCUAACAGAAGUAGUCCUGUUGCAGCGGAGAGUUUAUGGAAGAAAGCAAUUUUAGGUUCGGAUUCAGAGGAAGUGAAGAGAGUAGGGAAUGAAAUGUAUAGGAAAGGUUUGUUUAAUGAGGCCUUGAAGUUGUAUGAUAGGGCAAUAGCUUUAUCACCGACUAACGCAGCUUACCGGAGUAAUCGAGCUGCGGCGUUGACGGGGUUGUCUCGAAUUGGCGAAGCUGUUAAGGAAUGUGAAGAUGCUGUGAGAUCGGAUCCUAACUAUGCUAGAGCUCAUCAUCGUUUGGCCUUGUUGCUUAUUAGAUUAGGUCAGGUUAAUAGUGCAAGGAAGCAUCUUUGUUUUCUAGGGAGACCAUCAGAUCCCAUAGAGUUGCAGAAGCUUGAAGCAGUGGAGAAACAUUUGACCAAAUGCGUAGAUGCGCGAAGACGUGGUGACUGGAAAAAAGUUUUGAUGGAAGUAGAUGCUGCCAUUGUUUCUGGAGCCGAUUUUUCUCCUCAACUAUUUAUGUGUAAAGUAGAAGCAUUCUUGAAACUUCACCGGCUUGAUGAUGCUCAGUCAAAGCUAUUAGAAGCUCCUAAACUAGAGCCAUUCCCAGUAUCUUGUUCGCAGACGCGGUUUUCUGGUAUGGCUUGUGAAGCUUAUACUUAUUUUGUCAAAGCUCAAAUCGAGAUGGCUUUAGGAAGGUUUGAAAAUGCAGCUAUGGCUGCUGAGAAAGCUAGCCAAAUCGAUCCACAAUGCAACGAAGUUGCUAUGUUACACAAUACUGUUACAUUGGUUGCCAGGGCUCGUGCUCGUGGUAACGAUCUCUAUAAAUCAGAAAGAUACACGGAAGCAAGCUCAGCUUAUGCAGAAGGCCUUAGGCUUGAUCCCUGCAAUGCUAUUCUAUAUUGUAACCGGGCAGCUUGUUCCUUUAAACUUGGUAUGUGGGAACGCUCAAUUGAAGAUUGUAACCAAGCACUGCGUUAUCAACCAAGAUAUACAAAGCCUCUUCUCCGUAGGGCUGCCUCUAAUAGCAAGAUGGAAAGAUGGGGAGCAGCAGUGAGUGAUUACGAAGCCUUGAUAAGAGAACUACCUCAUGACAAGGAAGUUGCGGAAUCUUUAUUUCAUGCUCAAGUGGCAUUGAAGAAAUCUCGUGGAGAAGAAGUUUUAAAUAUGGAAUUUGGUGGUGAAGUUGAGGAAAUUUUUAGUCGUGAACAGUACAAAGCUGCCAUGAAUCUACCAGGAGUUUCGGUUAUACAUUUCUUGACAGCCUCUGAUCAUCAAUGCAAGCAGAUAUCUCCAUUUGUGGAGUCGCUUUGUACACGUUACCCAUCUAUACACUUCAUGAAGGUGGAUAUCGAGAAAUGUCCUUCGAUAGGUAAUGCAGAGAAUGUGAGGGUUGUACCGACAGUGAAGAUAUACAAGAACGGUAGUCGAGUUAAGGAGAUAGUUUGUCCAAGCAGAGAAGUGUUGGAGUACUCAGUGAGACACUAUAGCAGUUAAAAAGUAAAACCUGACAGCUUCAUCUUCAGUCUUCUGCAGCUUCCUCAUUACCCAUUUAAAGAAAAGUCUCAAUAAUCCCACUUAACUUCAGAAGGAAGCUUAAUUAUCAGGGAACCUAUAUUAGUGUAGAGUUUCAGGUCUUAAAGAUUUGUUCAUUCAUUCUCCUCUUCAUUGCCCUGUGAUCUCUGUCUCUGUAUGUUAUGUUUAGUUUUCUUCCCUUCAUUCAUUUAGACUGAGAUUGCAUUGGCUCCUUCUUCUUCUGUUUAGCUUCAAUUGUUUAGGUAUUAUUGAGAGAUGUUUACUUGUUGGAGUGUGUACAUAAGAGAGAAGUUGGGAUGUGAGUGAAGAAAGAAGGGUGCUUACCUAAGGGGCAAUAAAGACAGGAAGAUUUGGAUUCUUCAUUUUAAUU